AGUCAAUACAGCUCUCAGACAGCGAGUUAUAGGCGCACACGGAGAGAAGGAGCACAUCCUAAAGCCACUCCGAUGGAAAGUUAUGCGGAAUGCUGAGUCUGAGGAAUUCUCCCAACCAUUCCUUUACUCCAGACUCAAUGAUGCAUCGGAGGAAGUACAUUUUUAACUUGGAAAAUUACAAGCGGACGGAAUAAAACGCAGUCGUCUGUCCAACUCUCGCACUUCAGCGGACAUAAAUAGUUCAAAAGUGUUUUUGGGACGUCUGAAUGCGCAGAAGGUGAGAAAUAGUCGACCUAACCCUCAGCGAUCGAGAUUGCCGAAGAUUGGAUGCGCGUUUUUAAACUUCCUGCGCAAUUAUGGUCAGUACUGGAUUUUUCCCCCCCUCAGGCAUGACGUGUAUUUUGUGCUCAAAGUGUGGGAUAAAAAGGUUAAAACGUUACGCUGCAUGGAAUAGAAAAGGCUGGAACAAGGUGUGCGUGGCGUCGGUCGGGGCGGUUGUCGUCAUCACGCUCAUCAUUAUUGCCACGGCAGUUUACGUCAACAGGAUUGAUUCUGGAUCAAAGAGAACGUAUUCUUUUGAUGAUUUUUACAAUGAUACCAUCAGGUAUAAAACAUACAAUCUCCGCUGGAUAUCAGACAAUGAAUACCUCCACAAAACCAGUGAAGGUCAUGUUUACCUGCACAAUGCUGAAACUAUGUCGAGCUCAAUAUACCUGAGCAACACGACAUUUACCCAAGUGGAUGCCACAGAUUACAUAGUGUCAGCAGAUAGAAAAUUUGUCAUCUUUGAGAGCAAUUACACAAAGCAAUGGCGGCAUUCCUUCACUGCCUCCUACCAUAUUUACGACAUGGGGUCUCAGGAAUUCAUCUCUAAGGUUUCGAUUCCGCCUGUUACACAACUCAUAGUUUGGUCACCGACAGGAAAUAAACUGGCUUAUGUAUGGAAUUAUAAUAUUUACCUCAAGAUGAAGGCCACUGCUGAGGCCAUACAAGUCACACAUAAUGGAAAAGUGAACGAGAUUCUAAAUGGAAUACCAGACUGGGUUUAUGAAGAGGAAGUCUUUGCCUCCAAUGAAGCCAUUUGGUGGUCUCCGCAGUCGAAAUAUCUGGCUUAUUUACAAAUUAACGACUCUGGAGUUCACAACAUUGAGUACUCGCAAUAUGGAAAUGACCAGUACCCCACCACGAUAUUUAUCCCCUAUCCAAAGGCAGGCUCCAUUAUUCCCAGAGCGAAGCUGUUUGUGAUUGAUGUUGAAAAUCCAUCCAAACACUCCGAGGUGGCGGUACCGAAAUCCAUUGGCGCUGGUGAUCACUACCUGAGCUCAGUCACGUGGGUAACAGAUGAGCGACUGGCCGUUCAGUGGAUGCCGCGCAGACAGGAUCGAGUUCUUCUGCAGAUUUAUGACUAUGACGGCACUAACUGGAAAGGGAACUCGAAAUUUGAGCAAAAGAGCAAAACUGGAUGGGUCGGACGGUACUUCCCUUCACCUCCUUACUUUGCUGCAGAUAACAUGAGCUUUUACAAAGUUAUGAGUAAUGACAAUGGCUAUAAGCAUCUUCACUAUGUGAACGGUGGAAAAGCAACACCCAUUACCUCAGGCAAAUGGGAAGUAAUAUAUAUCUCAAAAGUAACCAAAGAUGCUAUAUACUAUGUGAGUAAUGAGCACAUGGGAAGACCUGGCCAGAGGAACCUUUACAAGAUUUCUUUCACUAAGAACGGUCAUUCUGCGGCUGAGUGCCUCACCUGUUCACUGUAUCAGGACAGGUGUCAGUAUAACUCUGCUUAUUUCAGCAUUAAUGCCUCAUACUUCCGCAUGGACUGCUACGGUCCUGGGCUUCCGCUCUUUACACUAAUGGAGAACAGAGCCGCUGCUAAAGAGAUUCAGGUGCUUGAGGAUAAUAAGAAACUGGAAAAGAUUCUGACUGCUGAACUUCUAAUACCAACCAUCAAACGCUCCACAUUAAAGAUUGCAGGAUUUACCCUCUGGUAUCAAAUGAUGUUCCCACCAAACUUUGAUUCCUCCAAAAAGUACCCUCUUUUAAUUCAAGUGUACGGAGGUCCAUCAAGCCAGAACACGGACUAUGUCUUUCGCCUGGAAUGGGCGACGUACCUGUGCAGCACAGAGAAGGUGAUCAUCGCCAGCUUUGAUGGCAGGGGAAGUGGUUACCAGGGUGAUGAGAUAAUGCACGCAAUCUACGAGCGACUGGGAACAUAUGAGGUGGAAGAUCAGAUCUCAGCAGUGAGAAAAUUCAUUGAAAUGGGUUUCAUUGACAAAAAGAGGAUUGCAAUGUGGGGUUGGUCAUAUGGUGGCUAUGUGACCUCUAUGGUUCUGGGAUCAGGAAGUGGACUGUUCAAAUGUGGAAUAGCUGUUGCUCCUGUUGCUAAGUGGGAGUAUUAUGAUGCGGUAUAUACAGAGAGAUACAUGCAUCGUCCUGAAGAAAACUCUGAAAGCUAUAAAAAUUCCACAGUGACUGGCAGGGCAAAACAUUUUAAAUCCGUGCAAUAUAUGCUGGUACAUGGAACUGCAGAUGACAAUGUCCACUUCCAGCAGGCUGCCCAGAUUUCCAAAGCCUUGGUGGAAAAUCAAGUCGACUUUGAAGCAAUGUGGUACACUGAUAAGGAUCACAGCUUGUCUGGUAAAGCCCGAUACCAUCUCUACACACACCUGAACCACUUUCUGCAGAAGUGCUUUACUGAGAAGAAAUAAAUUGACAUAUUGAUGUGUUAUGGAGGCAAAAAUGUCCCUCUUAAAAUGACACACAAGACUGUUAAUGACAGAUGAUUUCCAUGUUAGUCUGUGUAUAAAACAUAGAAAUAAGUAACUUAUCUUAGUCAAUUACAUUGACACUUAAGAUUGGUUUUGAUUUUCUUAAUUUUUCUUAAUAUGUGAACUUUGUACUAGCUGUUUUUGUAUUAUUAUUAUUAUCAAAUUGCUGUGAUGAUUAUACUAUGAAUGUGACCUGGUAUGAAUGUAGUUUAUGUCUAAAAUUUUGCCCUUUUUUGUAAUGUUUUCAUUUACAGAUUGUGGAAUCCACAGUGUUUUAUAUAGUUGUGUGACUUGAAAACACAGAUCAACUGAAACAUUCUAGAUUUGAAUACGUUGUCUUUUAACUCAAUGUUUUAUAUUUCAUAUAUCCAACUGAAGAAAAUAAUUAUUUCUGUCUGAUGAAUUUCAACAUCUGGAUGUUGUUUCUUCUUAAAGACAUUUUUGCAUAUUGUAAGUAAUAGCCUACAUCAUGUAUCAUUUUAUGUGGUGAAAGUGAAGAUUUUAGGCUUUAGGCAUCUGCUUGUUAAACAAUUAAAAUGCAUGACAAAA